AUCGCCGACCGCCCCUGCCAUGCCCGCGGUCAUCAAGCUGGGCAACGGGGGAAAGGAGCAGCAGCUCGCCAGCAAGACGCCCUACGCGUGCGGAGCCGGAUUCGCGCAGUCGCUCGAAGGUUUCCAGCGUAUCCACAGAUCGGGCACUGGCUACGAGGCGAUGGACUGCGAUCAGCGUCGACUCACUGAUGCCAACACAGUCGCCAGUGCAAGGGCAAAGACGGCGACGCCCAUGCACCCGAGGCCUGAUGACGACAUGAUCGACGCCAUGGGGACGGCCACCAGCAGGAUGGGCAAAGUUGCACGGCAUGUGGCGAACGCGAUUCCGAUCUUCGAUAAGAACGACCAGCUGAAAUAUACGAAGCGAACCCCGGGACAUCGGCGCGCGGCUAGCACGCGCAAGGAGUUCCAGCUUAACCAGUUAGGUCACAGGCUAGUGGCGGUCAACCAGUGCGGGGCACUGCUUGGAGACAGCAUCGAGUGGCAAGACUGUCUUCAUCUGCGCAAAGUGUG